UGACUCUCUGCCCCGCCUGCGCGCACCGGGUGGUCACUUCGCUUCCUGUGGCUGCUCUCUUCCCUGCUCCCCUUCGCUUCCCAGGGCUAUCUGCAGCCUUUGCCCUGCGCCUUGGCCCCAUCCUCCUCCCCACCCCAUCCCCCGCUGCGCUGACCCUUCCCUCCCUGUGACCGCAGUACGGCCUCACUUUCUGCCCUCCGAGGGGUGUCCAGUAUUUCUCCACUGCUUUCAAGCUGUCGCCUGGUCUCCCACCGCGCAUUGACUCAGGGGGCUGAUGCAUUAGAGGCAGCAGCGAGCCUGGCACUUGCAGGGUAGGGACUCAGGCUCGCGCGCUGUCCGGGCAGCCAGCCUUUGUGACCUGAGCACAGCCCACUGCACCCUUGCCAGGUCCUUGUGUGGCGCUCUCCUUUGUAUAUACCCCGACACUCCCGGUGCUUUUGUUAUUUAAAGACAGUGUAGUGUAUAGUCGCUCAGUAGAGGAACUUAAAACGUGUCAGCCCAAACUCUCAUCACCCAUCAUCCCUCUAAAAUCAAGAUGAGUUCUGAUGCCUUUCAAGAGAGCCGAUUUAUUAAGAAUUAUCUAGUAAGAAGAAAAUAGAGGGAUUUAAAAAAUACGGGAGAAUGGAAGGGGAAUCACGUGUGUUGCGUUAAUUUUUGUUUGCUUUUGAAAAUUAAGCUCAAGAUCUAAGCCCUGUUGUGAAAGAAGCCUUGGGAACUCAAAGCAUCCAGGUGUUCUGCUUCAGUAAGCAAGCUGGCUUACCUGUGAGUGCGGACUGGCGAUCCAAUGCCUGGUAGCUGUCCUCAACAUGUUUAAGGGCGGAUAGAUACCACAUAGUUUCUUCAGGCCCGUAGAUUGAAAUGAGCGGAUCCCAGUGUGAUGGGGUGUAGCUGUGAUGGAGAAAGAGUGUGUUGGUAAGUGAGGAAUGCUUAGGCUUUAAAGAAUGGUGGUUUCCACCAAGCCCAGUCACUGCACUCCCACUGCAAACCAGGUCUCUUACAACUAGGAACUUUCCACUAAGUCUGGUUUACUUUGUUGUUUUGUCUUUGAGACAUUGUGUGCAGUUUGUAGCUCAGGCUAGCCUUGCUCCUCUUAUCUCAGCCCCCUCAGGUCUAGAGUUACAGGCUUGAACUCCCACACCUUGGCCCUACAGCAUAUUUCCUUUUAAGUCAGCUUCUCACCUUGAGGGUCUGGAAAGAACAACUUAAGAAUGUCUUAUUUAAAACACACAGCACACACAUACAUUCACACGCUAUAUAAGUUUGAUUUAAGCUUCAUCAAAGGCUUUGAUGGAAGGUUUUUUAAAAGUUAAAUUAAAUAAUUAAUUAAUUAAAAUUUGUUAAGACAGGCUUUCACUAUGUAUCCUUGGCUGGCCUGGAACUAACCAUAUAGAUGAAGUGGCAAUGCUGUUGCCACUCUGAAGGCAGGAAACCUAGUCUUUAUCUCCCCGGUGAUCCUCAACCUGUGGGUCACAACCCCUUUGGCAAAACUGUCUCCAAAAAUAUUUAUAUUGCGAUUCAUAGUAGUAGCAACAUUAGAGUUAUGAGUUAGCAGUGGAAUUAAUUUUAUGGUUGGUGGUUAUCACAGCAUGAGGAAUUAAAGGGUCACAGCAUUAGAAAGGUGGAGAAGCACUGUCCAGGCCUAUGGGUUGUUAACAGAGGGCUGGUGCUCUGUGUAGAGCACAGAGAUGCAUCUUGAAUGGAAGUUUUUCUGUAGGGAAAAAGACCGGGCAGUGCGUAGCUUGGAGCUGUCUACUGCCUUUUCCAGUGGGAACCGAGAAUAAGGAAGAAAAAAUACUGUAAUGUGUUUGCUGUGAAGCACAAGUUCAUGCACAUUCCCUCAUCCCUUCUCACUGCUCUCCCCCAGCCAGCGAUGGAGACUCUGUCAUCCUCACGGUCCAACACCUUGUUCUAAGUCAGACUUUGAUCUCACUAGUCUUCUCUGUUGCUAAGUGUGUUCCAUAUUUGCAGUCGGCCCGUGGCCUUAUUUUCCAGCAUGGGUACAAAGCUGCUGUCGGGAUGGAGGGAGAGAAGACAGGAUGACUGACAGCAUUAUCCUAUCAGUUUUCCCUUGCUCCAUCUGCUGUGUUGGAAUGUGGAAAGACCUUGCAUUCCUCCCACCUCCCACAUACGUGCUGGGAAGCUCGGUUGCAUAGAGGAACGCCCAGGGACUGGCAACCCUCACCUGGGGUUCCAGUGCUAGCCCUGCCCUUUUGUGGAUGCAGAUGUUUCAGUUUCUCAAAAAACUGCUUCAUUGCCUGUAAACCAAAAGUAGUAGUAAUAGUACCCAUAGCACAGUGUGACUGUUUGUUAAACCUAACUGGAAGAGAGCAGGGACAGGGAUGUAGCUCAGUUGAGUUCUUGCCCUCUGUGCAUGAAGUCUUGGAUUCAAUUCCUGACACCACUUAAACUGGGUGUGGAGGUGACUGCAUACAAUUCCAGCAUGCUGGAGGGUGGGCAGAAGGAGCCGAAGCUUGAGGCUGGUUUUGGUUUACAUAGUGAAUGUGAUCCUGGAAUACAGGAGAGAGUCACUGUCUGUCUGACUGACUGUCUGUCUGUCUGUCUGUCUCCCUCUCUGUCUGUCUCUCCUCCCCCCCCCCCGCAGCCCCUAGUAUUAACAAGAAUCCAUGAAACUUGGCAUCACCUAUCACACAGUGAAAGCUGUGCUGUCUCAAUACUUGUUGCUUAGUUCAGCACAGGGCAGAAGGCCCCUUUUAUGUGGAUAGCUCUGAUAUAUGUAAUUUAAUUACUUCUGCUUUGCUUAUUUAUUUAGUGCAUAUGGAGGGUGCUGUCAGUAUCAUUCAUGUGGGACCUGGAGAUCGAGCUGAGUUCCUCGGGCUCGGUGACAAGCCCCUUUACCACCUGAGUCAUCUUGACAGUCUAGCUCUUCAUACUUCAUACUUCUAGCACUUCAUACACUACAUUUAAGGGCCAGAUGAUGUUUUAGGAAAUGGGCUGCUGGAAACUCAGCAUUGACAUCCUGACAGUGUUUGACUGUACCGUAUGGUUCAGCUCAUCCGCACUGGAGGGAAUGAGAUUCCUAGCGAUUUCCUUUUCAUUGUCUUCUGAGUGACUUGUGCUCCCUUUUCUGGUAAAAUACUCUCCUCAGAUGAACAAAGAAACACUGUGUAUCUAGCAUUAAAAGAACUUAUUUUUGGAGGUCAUUUUCUCAUGCUAUAUUAGGUUGAGGCAUUUCAUCAGCAAGUACUGCUUGAAAUGGCCCACCUCAUAGAAACUGCUCACAGUAAAAGACAUUCCAGAUAGUAUAACACAGAUGUUGUUCCUGUGAGGAUUAGAAAUGUCUGCACCGUAGAGACCGUCUCCUUAUAUGUCAACAAGACCCUGGUUGGAGGUUGCUCCUUCUGCAAAUGGCAGAACUCACGCAACGACAAGAUGCCUGUGGCUGGUGCUCAGCCACUGCCAGGCAUAGAGACCAGAACAGCUUUGUGCUGUGCUGUGAAUGUGGUUGUGUCUCUCUGUUCCAUUGAAGUUAAAGACCUGACUGUUGGAAGAAAAGGAACCUUUAGGAGAUGGUUAAAGACUUGGCACUUUUGAAAGGGGAACCUUUAGUAGGUGGGACCUAGUCAGAUGUUGUUAGGUUAUUGGGGGCUUGAGGUUACUUCUCGUGGUACUCUCUGGUAGUUCUGAAAAGUCUGUCACAAAAGGGUUAAGCCUUCUUCUACCCAUGGCAUAUGGCUCUUUUUUCCUAAAAGCAGCCAUCAUGUAUUACUGUGCACCCCACCCCCAGCUCCAGCCCCACCCCUUACUAUGGCAUCAACUGAUCCUGGACUUUGAACCUCCGUAGCACUGAGCUCAAGGAACAGUGUCAGGUAUUUUGUGAUAGUCAGAAAAAACUGGCUGGCUAAUGCCUUGGGACUUUGCAGCUUUGAGCCUGAGGCCAUGUUUAUAAGUUGAUGGUACUCCUGUUCCAGAGGUCAGUGCUCUUAUGCAACAGUCCACAAACUGAACUCGCGUUGGCUUCUGUGACAUGUUCAAAGCUUGGUGAAAGUGCAUGAGAGAGUAUCAGUGCUGUGCUGUGCACUGACUUCAGCAGCGAGGGGAGGAAACGGUCCCAGGUCACUGGAAUGUACACCAGCCAGUGUUGAGCCCAGCCAGAGGACAUUUUACAAAGGAGACACUGUCUGAACUUCAUGAUGAGGCAGGAGUAGUCCAGGGGAAGCAGAGGAGCUGAGGAAGCUGAGGAGAGAAAUCAUAGUCCACUAAUGAGUUUUGGAGCCAGCUUCGUCAGCUUUUUGAACGCCAUGAUGACAUUCGAGGAGGAGAAAAUGCAGUUGGCGUGCGAUGACUUAAAGACUACAGAGAAGCUGUGUGAGAGUGAAGAGGCUGGUGUAAUCGAAACAAUUAAGAAUAAAAUUAAGAAGAAUGUUGAUGCCCGGAAGUCCACCCCGUCCAUGGUCGAUCGACUUCAGAGGCAGAUCAUCAUCGCUGACUGCCAGGUUUACCUGGCAGUGCUCUCCUUUGUGAAACAAGAGUUGUCGGCCUACAUAAAAGGUGGGUGGAUCCUUAGGAAAGCCUGGAAGAUUUACAGUAAGUGCUAUGUGGACAUCAACGCCCUUCAGGAACUGUAUCAGAAGAAGCUGACAGAAGAGCCCUUGGCUUCUGAUGCUGCAAAUGAUAACCACAUUGUGGCCGAAGGGGUGACUGAGGAGUCCCUAAGCAGACUGAAAGGUGCUGUGAGCUUUGGAUAUGGCCUUUUCCACCUUUGCAUAUCCAUGGUGCCCCCAAACCUGCUCAAAAUCAUCAACCUGCUGGGCUUUCCUGGAGACCGCCUACAGGGCCUUUCGUCACUGACGUAUGCGAGCGAAAGUAAGGACAUGAAGGCCCCUUUAGCUACAUUAGCCCUGCUGUGGUACCACACUGUGGUCCGCCCAUUUUUUGCUUUGGACGGCAGUGACCACAAAGGGGGCUUGGAUGAAGCUAAGGCGAUUCUUCUCAGAAAGGCGCCUGCUUACCCCAACUCUUCCCUCUUCAUGUUCUUCAAGGGACGCAUCCAGCGCUUAGAGUGUCAAAUCAACAGUGCCUUGACUUCCUUCCACACUGCUCUGGAACUGGCUGUGGACCAGAGGGAGAUCCAGCACGUCUGUCUGUAUGAAAUUGGCUGGUGCAGCAUGAUUGAACUCAACUUCAAGGAUGCAUAUGAUUCCUUCGAGAGGCUGAAGAACGAGUCCCGGUGGUCCCAGUGCUACUACGCAUAUCUGACUGCAGUUUGUCAGGGAGCCACUGGUGAUGUGGAUGGGGCACACCUUGUUUUUAAAGAAGUCCAGAAGCUGUUCAAAAGGAAGAACAACCAGAUUGAACAGUUUUCUGUGAAAAAGGCUGAGCGAUUUCGGAAGCAAACCCCAACCAGAGCGCUGUGUGUGCUGGCCUCCAUUGAAGUGCUGUACUUGUGGAAAGCCCUUCCCAACUGUUCCUUCCCCAACCUGCAGAGAAUGAGUCAAGCUUGCCAUGAAGUGGACGAUUCAUCUGUCGUUGGAUUAAAGCACUUGCUCCUUGGUGCCAUACACAAAUGUCUAGGAAACUCACAAGAUGCUGUUCAGUUCUUCCAGCGAGCUGCUAGAGAUGAGCUAUGUCGUCAGAGUAACUCGUACGUCCAGCCAUAUGCCUGCUAUGAGCUUGGCUGUCUCCUACUGGACAGCGCAGAGACUGUGGGAAGAGGCAGAACUCUACUCCUUCAGGCAAAGGAGGAUUUUUCUGGCUACGACUUUGAAAACAGAUUGCACGUCCGCAUCCACGCUGCUCUGGCCUCCCUAAGGGAACUUGUUCCUCAGUGAUAAACUCCCAGUGGCCCCUCCGCCCCUCCACCCAGAGUCAGCACUAUGAAAGCUGAGGAGAAAACUCUCUUGAAGAUCAGCUUUUCUUCUGGAGACCACCUGGGCCAGGGAUGGGUUUCCUGGUGUCACUGACAUACUAAAGAUCCCUCUUUUAAACGUGUAGCUAAGGAGUAAUAAAGAUGUCCAUAACGAGAGCAAUGACCGACCUGGGAGAGGGUUAAGUGACCUUGUUCAAACUAUUUAGUUUUGUGAUUUAUUAUUUUUAAAUAAAAUCAAACUAAAUAUUCACCCUGUGACCUUGCAGGAGCGCCUACAUUAAGCAUAGAUCAGAGUGGGCUCAGUGAAAGCUGUACCCAAAAACUUAGAAACAGCACCACAAACAGCAUGCCUUCUGUGGUUAGAUAAAAAUUAAAGCGGUUUCUAGUGUUCUCCUUUAUACUGGAAAUACUCCUAUAGCGAUUAUGGCACAAACCUUCUAGGCUGGAUGGGGUGGCACAUGCCUUUAGUCCUAGCACACAGGAGGCAGAGGCAAGCAGUAUUUCUGAAUAAAAAUUCUUAUCCUUCUUUUGUGUACAGUGAGACUCAGGUACAGCAAUGGCAGCUGACAUUCUCCAGUUGCUCGCAUUUCAUGGGGCAGUGACUAGAAUGCAAACCUCAGGACCAUGAACCGAAUACUAUUUUUAUAUAAAACAUGUAGAUAGCCCGAAACUCCAUGCUUAGUGUAUAGAGAUCAAAUGCUAUGCAGCUUAAGUUUCGUCAUCAACAGUAUUUAUCCCCAGGGGCCACAUGAGCAUAGGGCCCAUCCAUGUCCCUGUCCCCAGUACCCACAUAAAAACAAAAAGUAGCUCGGCAUGCCCCCUCAGAUGCAGUCCUAGCGCUUGGCACACAGAGGCAGGAGGAUCCCUUGAGCUCCUCCUAACCCUGGGUCCACUGGCAAGCUAGUCUUGCUGAACAGUGAGCUGCAGACUUAGUGUGAGACCUGACCCUGACCUCUACAUACACUCCUACACACAUUCAUGCCUAGAUUGCAAAAGCUCUCAAAAUGGAGCCGACCAAACAGGAGCAGAGAAGAUAAGUCCACAAGCAUGUCCCUGCUGCCAGUCCUAGCCACGCAGCACCUAUAUUUUAGGAGUCCUGCUGUGAAAAUUACCAGCAGAUCAGCUUUUAACAACCCUUUAACACAGCAGUUCUCAACCUGUGGGUCACAACCCCUUUAGGGUUGGGUUGAGUGACCCUUUCACAAGGGGCACAUAAAAGACGUCCUGCAUAUCAGAUAUUUAUAUUACGAUUCAUUACAGAGCAAAAUUACAGUUAUGAAGUAGCAACGGAAUAAUUUUUUGUUUGGGGGUCAGUGUAACAUGAACUGUAUUAAAGGGUGGCAGCUUAAGGGAGGCUGAGAGCCACUGCACUAGCAGGCAUCUCACGGAGGCUGUAGUUCCAGAGUGUGGUUUGUGCCUGAUACUUUUUGAUGCUGAAGUAUCUGCAGGGCUGUGUGUUGCUGGAGUUUCACCAUUCCCUCUCAUGUCAGGUCGCUGACUAUUAAAGGGAAUCCACUGUUGCGGUUUAUCCCUUCAUUGCUGGGAUUUCCUGGUGGUUGGAUGGUCUUUGUGCUCAGUACUACACAGCUGUGGAUUUGAAUAAACACCUCAGUCACUUUUAAGAA